AUGAUAUUCCACGGUGAUAAACUGGAACAUCAUGACACUCCUAUUCACGAGUUCUUGAUGAAAAGAUAUGAAAUGCAUCAUGAAAAUGAUCCGGAUAAUAUGGCAUUUACUACUGCAGAAGAUGAGAAUGACUCGUUGACUUAUGGACAACUUCAGAAGAAGAUCAUUCAGAUUUCCGAGUGGUUUCUGGAGAAUGGAUAUAAGAAGGGAGACGUCGUACUUCUCGCAUCAUACAACAAUUGGCGAUGCUUUGCUGCUGCUCUCGGAGCAUGGAGAGCUGGAUUGGUGGUUUCUGCAGCGUCUAGUCAAUUCAGACCGUACGAAAUGCGGUAUCAAAUUGAAGAUUCCCAAUCUCAACUAAUCUUCGCUGAUAGUCAUACCCUACCAACUGUUCUCGAAGCCUCCAAAGGUAUAUCGUUUGUGAAACAUAUCAUUUCGAUCUCUGCCAACCCACCAUCUCCAGUCAUCCAUUUCGAUAUUCUUACAUCUCGUCUAAUCAGGAAUUUACGAAUGCCAAAGAUUGACCCAGCUAACGAUUUGGUCUUCCUACCGUACUCCUCGGGUACGACAGGAAAACCGAAAGGAGUAAUGAUCACUCAUUUGAAUUUCUCGAUGAUGAUGGUUUCGUGUAUCAGAUUCGCUGACGACAUUGCCCGCUCCUUCGGUCUCCCUGAAAACUUUGUAUUCCCAUAUGAUCUACAUUUCCUCCCUCUGUACCAUGUCAUGGGAAUGUUCCGUGCUUUACUCAAUUCUUAUCGUGGCUCCACCCAAAUCCUGUUCACUAAAUUCGAUAUGGAGCUGAUGUUGCAAUCGAUUGAGAAAUAUUCCAUUGCAAUGUUAUCCAUGGUACCAGCUAUCGCAGUGCGGAUGGUCAAUUCCCCAUUGCUCAAAAAAUAUGACAUCAGUUCCCUCAACACUAUUUCAUGUGGCUCCGCCCCGCUUCCAGAAGGAGCUGUUCAAAAAUUGAGACAAAUUAUUCCGGAACUGAGAAUAGUUCAAGGUUACGGUAUGACUGAACUCACAUUUGCGACUCAUAUGCAGAAACCAGAGAGUCCUGAUGGAAGUGUCGGACGGUUGAUUCCAGGGACGAGUAUGAAGGUAAAGAAAGAGGAUGGAACACUGUGUGGACCACAUGAAGUUGGAGAGUUGUGGAUUAAGGGUCCCCAAAUGAUGAAAGGAUAUUGGAAAAAAGAGAAUCUCCUCAAAGAACUAGUAGACGAAGAUGGAUACAUGAGAACCGGUGACAUUGUUUAUUUCGACAAAAACGGAGACACUUUUAUCUGUGAUCGAAUCAAGGAACUCAUCAAAGUCAAUGCGAAACAAGUCGCCCCGGCAGAGUUGGAAUCAGUGAUUCUGGAGCAUGAUGACGUGGCAGAUGUCUGUGUCUUCGGAGUGGAUGAUGCGAAUUCCGGAGAGAGACCAGUGGCGUGUGUUGUGUCAAAAGGAGGGAAGACGGAUAUGGAGACGAUGAAGGCCAUCAUGAAACAUAUUAAUCAAAAACUGGCCCGCUACAAGCACAUCAAGGAAAUUGAGUUUGUCGGUGAAAUUCUACGCACUGGAACCGGAAAAAUCUUGAGGAGAACAAUGAAGAAGGCGUUUUUGGACUCUAGAAAGUCUAGAUUGUAA